AUGGGUAGUGAAGGAAAGAAGAAGGCAGCCAUUCUUGGCGUGUCUUCCAUUCUCCUGGUGGCAGCUGUAGUUGGGACAGUCACCUACUCCGUUGGUCGCCAUGGCACCGAAACCGCCACAUCUGGUGGUGGUUCUGAUCAAGUAUCAACCUCCUCAAAGUCCGUGGAAUCCGUUUGCAAGCAUGUGGAUUAUAAGCAAACCUGUGAACAAAGCUUGUCAGGAGCCAAGAACACCAGCGACCCCAGAGAACUCAUCAAGCUCGCAUUCACAGCCGCAGUUGAUAACAUUGCAAGUGUCAUCGAGAACUCCACUCUUCUCCAAAACGCCGCCAAGGACCCCAGGACUCAUCAGGCUCUGGAAACUUGCAAGUAUGCCCUCAACACAUCCAUUGAGGACCUCCAGAGGUCAUUUGAAACAGUUGGCACCUUUGAUAUCAACAAGAUUGACGACUAUGUCGCCGAUCUCAAAACAUGGCUAAGUGCUGCAGGCACUUUCCAGGAAACUUGUUUGGAUGCAUUUGAGAAUACAACAGGUGACACCGGUGAGCAGAUGAAGAAACUCCUCAAGACUGCUGGUGAGCUCACAAGCAACGGUCUUGCCAUGGUUACUGAUAUUUCUGAGGUCUUGACAAACUUCAACAUCCAAGGCUUCAAGAGAAGGCUCAUGUCUUCUUCUGUUGAACCUGAUUUUGUUGAUGCUACGGCACGCAAGCUCAUGGCUGCCAGCACUGCUUCCCUCAAGCCUAAUGCCGUGGUUGCUCAAGAUGGCAGUGGCCAAUUCAAGUCUAUCAUGGCUGCUGUUAAUACCGUCCCUAAGAAGAACAACCAAACCUUUGUCAUUUUCAUCAAGGCUGGUAUCUACAAGGAGUAUGUUACGCUUCCAAAGCACGUUAACGGCAUUGUCCUCGUUGGAGAAGGCCCAACCAAGACUAAGAUUACUGGAAACAAGAACUUUGUUGAUGGAGUUGGCACUUUCCAAACACCAACACUUUCCGUGAAUGGAGAUGCCACCAUCCUCAAGGACUUGGGAAUUGAGAACUCAGCCGGGGCAGAAAAACAUCAGGCCGUGGCACUUCGAGUUUCUGGCGAUAGGACAAUCGUUUACAACUGCCAGAUCGAUGCCUACCAAGACACACUCUACACCCAUACCUACCGCCAAUACUACCGCAACUGCACCAUCAGUGGAACCAUAGAUUUCAUCUUUGGUGACGGCUCAGCUGUAUUCCAGGACUGCAAGAUGGUUGUCAGGAAGCCAAUGGAAAACCAGGGUUGCAUGGUCACAGCUCAAGGAAGGAAAGAGAGACGCGGCAUUGGAGCCAUUGUUCUCCAAAACUGUCAAAUCGUUGCCGAUCCAGCUUUCUUGGCCGUUCAACCACCAAUCAAGGCCUACCUCGGACGUCCAUGGAAGGAGUUCUCAAGAACCAUCAUCAUGCAGACUUCCAUUGAUGGAUUCAUUGCUCCAGAGGGAUGGUCCCCAUGGAUGGGCAACUUUGGCAUAGACACUUGCUAUUAUGCUGAGUACAACAACAGGGGUCCAGGUGCUGAUACUAGCAAGAGAGUUCAAUGGAAGGGUAUCAAGAAGAUUACUCCUCAGAUUGCUCAGAGCUUCACCCCAGGGGCCUAUAUUCAGGGCGAUGCAUGGAUCACAGUCUCCGGCGUACCCUAUGCUCCUGGCAUGCAAGUGUAA